AUGGAGUCUGAUCCGUCCCGGUCCGCUCAACUCGCGCGCGAGAAUUCCACCCUCCUCAAAAUCAUUCACUGGGACAAGCUCUUCGAGUCCGAUACUCCUCCGCGACUAGGCAUUGAGGUUGGAAAGCGGAUACCUUAUGCUACCAUGUCCGCGCUUGCAACGGGCGCGGCGCUGGGAUACUCCCAUGGCAGCAAAAAGGCAGGCCUUGUGUUCCGAGCGGAGAAUGCCCAUCGCUUCCCCACGUCGUCAACGGGCUGGUUCCAAUACCAUAAAACGAAAAACUACAUUGGUGUGGUUGGAGGAGCGAAGGAUGGUGCUAAAAUGGGCUUCAAACUUGGUGCUGGUGCACUCGCCUUCUGCCUGUUCGAGGAGACAGUGGACUACGCUCGACAUGAUGAAAGAGACUUCUUAUCCACCGUCACCGCUGGAUUGUCCUUCUCUGGAAUAUACAGCUUGCUUGCUCGCCACGAUGUCUACACUGCCGCCCGAACAGCCAAGCUUGGAUUGAAGCUGAGCUUCACAUAUGGAAUCCUGCAAGACGCUCUUGAAACGUUGAAAGGAAAUCAACCUGCGUACAUUGACUUCAUAAUGGGUAACCGUUUGUCGAGAACCCAAAAAGAAGGAUCAAUUUGA